GUACGAAACUAAAGCUACUCCGUUGUUACGUGGUUGUCAGUAACAACAAAAUGUCCAACUAGUUGCUGAGGAGAGAGAAGAAAGAGAAGAAAGAGGGAAAGAGAGCAGCCAACGUUAUUUACUCAACACAUGUAAAUGGUUCCAUGUCAUCUAUUGAUUCACGACUCGCAUCUCAUCAAAUAAGUUUAUAUUAAAGACACAUCAUGAAAGAGGAAAACAAAUCGAAAUGGUUGGACGCUCAUCACGACCCAGUUGCCUCCCUUUACACGUUUACUCAAUGUCUCGCUUUAUCUGACAUCAAAGCUGACGGCGAUUGGAAAUUGGUGAUUGGCAACCUAGGAAUCGAUAAUUACGUCACGAAACUGAAAGUUUUCCAAGGUACAACUCUGAUUCAUGAGAGUACAUUACUUGAUCUUCCAAAUGGAGUUGUGUCAUUUUACAUGGAUACUCAUGAACCUAGAACCCCUGCCAUUGCUGUGUGUUCAGGGCCUUUCAUAUAUGUCUUCAAGAAUCUAAGACCCUACUACAAGUUUUCAAUGCCAACCAUCGACAUUGACCCUUCUGAGCAAGAUUUAUGGACCCAAGUAAAACAGGAUAAAAUCAGUCCUUUUCAGAUGUGGGAACGGUUGGAAAGUUUGAAAAACCAAGGUGUCUCUUUGACUGUGAGGUCACUCAAGUUUACACAACUUGAUUAUUCAAAACCUCUCAUCCUAAAAGCUUACGUAGAAACCUUUCAAGAUUCACCUUUGAAAAAACAGCCUGUUAUUACCUGUAUGAAUACAUUAAACAAGUCCUCCAGUGAUGAAGAUGCUGUCAGUUGUCUUGUUAUUGGGACUGAGAACAAGACUAUCACUAUUCUAGAUCCAGCUGCUUUUACUGUACUCAAAACGAUGAAAGUGCCCAGUGUCCCCGUCUUUCUGAUUGUGACAGGAAUGUUUGAUGUUGAAUAUAAAAUCAUUGCUUCGUGCCGAGACGGAAAGAUUUACAUCUUCAAAAGAGUGAACGUUGUCCCCAAACUGUGCAUAGAGUUGAGCUCACAACCUGUUGGUAUGAUUCGAGUUAACAAGAACAUAGUCGUUGGUUGCAUGGACGAAACACUGCAGUGUAUUUCUGAUAAGGGUAAACGUCUCUGGAACAUCAAGCUUCCUGCCAGUGUGAUGACAAUGGAGCUAUUAGACUACACUGUGAAAGGAGUGUCAGCAGUUUUGGUGGCGCUAAGCAAUUGCACGGUGCACAUGUACCAGGACAGGCACCUGGUAGACGUCAUACAAACGCCGGAUGUUGUGAACGCUAUGAAAUUUGGUCGUUUUGGACGAGAAGAAGGCAACCUGAUUCUCACUACAAGAAGUGGUGGUUUAAUAGUGAAGAUAUUACGAAGACAUGCUGAUUUAGAUGUUAAAGAUGUCACACCUGGGCCACCCAUGGCACAGAAUGUCAAACUGAAUAUACCAAAGAAGACGAAACUCUUUGUCAAUCAAUCAAUCAGAGAAAGGGAAAAUCCUGUUGCAAUGUUUCGUACGUUCCAACGAGACCUGAGACUCUUCCGUUUGAACACAGCUCGUCAAUUCCUGCACAUCUUGGAGAAUAACAACAGUCCAAUCUCUUGUGAUCCAAAGGAUCCACUGAAGAUAUCAGCCCAGGUUCAAGGAAUUGGUCCUGUAUUUAAACUGAACAUAACUUUACAGAACACCUCAUUGACAAACCCAUCGACCAACCUCUGCCUUAAUUUUGAUUACAAUCCCAGACUUUAUUCCUUCAGGAAGUCUCGUAUACCUAUUCCAUUCCUUGUGCCUGGUUUGGACUAUAUCUUUGACAUAUUAGUUGAUUGUAAGAGCGAGAAAGGCAUCUCGGAUGACAUCAAGGUGUUGCUCUACCGGACUGGUCAUCUUCUUCCAUUGUUGACCGCUGUUAUUAGUAUGCCUGUGAGUGAGGCCAUACCAACCGACUGACCACUGGUGUUGUCAACAUACAAUGCUUUGGAGUUGGCUACAAAACCUUCACCGGUUUUAGUUUCUUGUUUUGCAAUCAAAAUGGAUUUAUGCCAUCGUUGAGGAAUGGCUGUUUGUGUAGUUUAAAGGGAAGUUGGAUUUCAUAUUGUCCCCACCACAACAACUAUCAUCAUCAGUAUCAUCAGCAUCUUAACAUUAUUAUCAAAAUGAUGGUGUUUUAUUUAUUUAUUUUGUUCUGUCUUGUGAAAUCCUUAACUGCAAAUUCCAAUAAAUAAUUCUUGUAGCCUCAA